AUGUUAUCGAGAGGAUAUGUUUGGGCGAUUGAAGAAGCGAAAAACGAACAUGCAAAAGGGUAUAAACGGAUUUUUUCAAUUGGAUCUAUGGGUAUUACCACGUAUAAUCCUAAUAAUUUGGAAGUUACUAAUAAGUGGGAGUAUACAGAUUUUAUAAGUAUACAGCCAACAAACCGCAAUCAAGUUGGAUCUCUGGAGUUUAGUAUUACAAUGCGAAAAGAUCGUAAGGUUGAGACAAUGAAAUUCAGCUCGGAACACAGGUCGCACUUAUUAAUAGAGGCUUUCAAGUAUAGAAAUCAAUUCUCUGAGAAGCCUAAGGAAAGUUUGAAAUUUCCAGCUUAUAAACAUCACUGGUCCGAAACAAGAUUACCUGUAGUAUUGGAAGUUACUCCAGUAAGUUUAGACCAGCUAGAUCCUGCUACAAAUAUGAUAUUGGCCAGUUAUUUCUACAAAGAUGUUGAGGGACUGGCUACUGUAAAAGAUUAUCCAAAUGGAUUCGUGAUAGUGUACGGUGGUUUUGGACGCUUACAUUUAUUCGCUUCACAGCACAUGGAAGAAGUUAAAAAGAAAUUACUGGAAUCGGCAUUGACCAAUUUGGGAAUCAGUAUAAAGGUACUAAAGGAUCCAAUUCAAUUGGGUGACUUUGUUUCUCAAAGAUUCGGCAAAUUCAGUGGAGAUGAACACAUAACAAGUGUAUCUGAGUUUACUGUACAUAAAAAUUCAUCUAGGCACUCGGAUCCUCAGAGAAGGACACUUUGUCUCUCGGAAACAUGUGUGCUAGAGAGAGAUCCUCAAACUUACAGCAUUUGUACAUUGAGGCCAUUAUCGGACGUUUAUGCUCUAGUUCGUGACAGUGGGAACCCACAAUUAUUUACCAUACAAUAUCUGAAUGGGCAAAUGCGCAGUUAUACGGCAACGGAUAGGGAUUCUUUAUUGGCGUCUUUACUGGAUGGUGUUAGAGCAUCGGGAAACAAAGAUGUCCAUAUAAGAAUGUUCCCGAUUGAACGUGGAAAGCGAUUAGGUCCUUUUAAUUUACCUGUAGAAGAAGAAGUCGAAAAUAAUCAUCUUAAGUUUCUUCAACAACCGCCAAUUAGUAGAACUUUUGCAGAAAUACUAGAGAGGUUCAACGCAAAUAUUCCUUACAGUGGCCUUCAGUACAUAACACAAGAGGGAGGACUCUUUGCUGAGAACAAAGAUAAAGUGAUUCUCAGUGCAUUAAAUGCUCUAAUCAGCAAAGAAUUGGAAAGCAACAAUGAGAUGGAGGCACAGUUUCAUGCUAUCAGAAGACUCAUUGCUAGUAAAGUUGGUUUUGCAGCCUUUACAAUUUUGCCAGGUUUCAGGGAGGCGAUUGGUAACAAAGUAGUAAAGGCACUAAAGAAGCAAGAUUGUGGGGUGACACAAGCUGCUAUAGACUGCAUUUGCGCCCUUAUGCAACCUAUGCACGAUGAUUGUGAUUUAAGACAAGAACAAUUGAAUAAAAGUAGCCUUUUGAGUAGUAACAAAUUUUUGGAAAGUCUUUUAGAAAUGUGGAUCGGUCAUAUUAAUCAUGGAACUGGUGCUCUUGUAGUUUCUGCUAUGCUCGAUCUUUUGACGUUUGCAUUAUGUGUACCGUACAGUGAAACAACUGACGGAAAACAUUUUGACCAUUUGUUGGAAAUGGUUGCUGCGAGAGGUAGAUCACUGUUCAAAUUAUUUCAACAUCCAUCCCUGGCUAUUGUCAAAGGAUCUGGUUUAAUUAUGAGAGCCAUUAUUGAAGAAGGGGCUCAAGAGAUAGCUGCCAAGAUGCAAGAGCUAGCUCUUGCUGAAGCAGCUUUACCUAGACACCUAUUAAACAGCUUAUUUACUUCUGGCAGUGACGGUCGACUUUUAACACAUAGGCAAUUGUGCAGGCAUUUAGUUGGCCUAUGGAUCACAGGACAUCCGACGGCUAUGGGUCUACUUAAAAGAAUACUGCCUAUCGGAUUGUUAAAUUAUCUGAAUUCGGAAGAAAAAGUCCCAGACUCAUUUCUCGAAGUGGAAAGAUUAAAUAAUCGUGAUAAUUUAAAAAUAGCAAUAGACCAUGCAUCAAAGAAUAUGAAGAGCCCUAAUUGGAUAAAAUUUGAGCGACAUGUUCGCGUCCUCGAAAAUCAAGUGGAGAAUGUUUUUCAACAUUGGGGUGCUCGUGUUGGCAUAGAACGGAGAGAAAAGAUUAAAGAAAGGCCAAUCGUCCUUAGGAAACGGAGAGAACGAGUUAAAUCGGAAGCAAACUGGAGAUUAUUUUAUUACAAGUUCAACGAGGAUCAUGCAAUGCCGAAUUUGAUUUGGAACCAUAAAACGAGAGAAGAAUUAAGAACAGCACUUGAAAAUGAAAUACGAGCAUUUACGACAGACAAAGACUUAUCUGGUGGAACUCUGAUUGCUUGGAAUCACAGGGAAUUCGAAGUUCAAUAUCAAUGCUUGUCGGAUGAAGUUAAAAUAGGCGAUUACUACCUAAGGCUACUGCUGGAAAAGGAUAGCCCCGACAGUCCUAUCCGAAAAUCGUAUGAAUUUUUCAAUGAUCUGUACCACAGAUUUUUAUUGACUAAUAAAGUUGAAAUGAAGUGCCUUUGCUUGCAAGCUAUGACUAUAGUAUAUGGUCGCUAUUACGAGGAUAUUGGACCUUUUUCGGAUACAAAGUACAUUGUUGGAAUGCUAGAGCGAUGUUCCGAUAGAAUGGAACGCGACCGAAUUGUAAUGUUUAUACACAAGCUUAUCCUUCAUAGAAGAAACGUUAAAGAUAUCAUGGAUCAAAACGGUGUAAGAGCGCUAAUAGAUUUGUUAUCGUUGGCCCAUUUACAUACAUCUCGAGCAGUCGUACCUGCACAAACAAAUGUGAUUGAAGCUGGUCCUAAUCAAGAAUGUAGCAUGGAGAUGGAAUGGUAUUUUAAUGAUGUCGAUAAGAGAAAAGGGCCUAUUAGUCUGAAAGAAUUGAAAGAUCUGCAUGUUUCGGGCCAAAUCAACUCUAAAACUAAAGUUUGGGCGCAAGGUUUGGAUAGUUGGCGAAUGAUAGCACAAGUGCCACAGCUAAAAUGGACGCUCGUUGCAAAGGGUAAUUCAGUCAUAAAUGAGAGUGAACUAGCCGCACUAGUUUUGAAUAUUUUAAUAAAGAUGUGUGAAUACUUUCCAAGUCGAGAUGCCGACAAUGCAGUAAUUAGGCCUCUGCCCCGUGUGAAGAGACUACUGUCAGACCUGCAGUGUCUGCCUCAUUUGGUUCAACUUUUACUAACCUUCGAUCCUGUUCUCGUCGAAAAAGUUGCGAUAUUGCUGUGCAAGGUUAUGGAAGACAACCCAGAAGUGUCCAAAGUCUACUUAACAGGCGUAUUCUACUUCAUUCUUAUGUACACAGGCUCCAACGUUCUACCUAUCGCGAGAUUUUUGCAGCUGACGCACUCCAAACAAGCUUUUAGAGGCGAAGAUAAUACUCUAUCUGGUAUUAUGCAAAAAAGUAUACUUGGACAACUUUUACCGGACGCAAUGGUAAGCUACUUAGAAAAUCAUGGCCCUGAAAAAUUCGCGCAGAUAUUUUUAGGAGAUUAUGAUACGCCAGAGGCCAUUUGGAAUGCUGAAAUGAGAAGAUUGCUCAUCGAGAAGAUCGCAGCUCAUAUCGCUGACUUUUCUCCUAAAUUGAGAAGUCAUACUAUGGCCCGGUACCAAUAUAUUGCAAUUCCUGCUAUUAGGUAUCCUCAGUUGGAAAAAGAAUUAUUUUGUCAAAUAUUUUACUUACGACACCUCAGCGAUACUGAUAAAUUUCCACAGUGGCCAAUUUUAGAACCAGUUAAGUUAUUAAAGGAUGUCCUAGAUGCUUGGAAAAAAGAAGUUGAGAAGAAGCCGCCAAUCAUGACAGUUGAUGAAGCUUACAAAGUACUUGGUUUACAAAAUGUUAAACAUCACAAUGAAGCUGUAAUUCGCAAGUCAUAUUACAGAUUGGCGCAAAUCUAUCACCCUGACAAAAAUGCACAGGGCAGAGACCAAUUCGAAGCUGUUAAUCAAGCUUAUGAAUUCCUAUGUAGCCGAAGUUGCUGGACAACAGAUGGUCCGAAUCCCGACAACAUUGUUCUAAUAUUGAGAACACAAAGUAUUCUCUUUCAUAGGUAUAAGGACGAAUUGAAACCUUAUAAGUAUGCUGGAUACCCGCAAAUCAUAAAAACGAUUAAAUUCGAAACCGCCGAUGAACAAUUGUUCUCUAAAUCUGUCCCGCUAUUGGCUGCUGCUAGUGAACUUACAUAUCACACGCUUCACUGUUCUGCUUUAAAUGCAGAAGAAUUAAGAAGAGAAGGAGGAUUGGGCGUUCUUUUAGAAGCUUACACAAGGUGCGUCUCAGUACUUAAUAGGUCUAGCAAACCUGAAGAUGUAGCAGUCCAAGUGUGUAUGCAUAUUACAAAGUGUUUUUCCGUCGCUGGAUCAUUUAGAGGAUGCAGAGAUAAAAUUACUGAAUUGCCACAGCUUGUUAAAGAUCUCUGUAGGAUAUUGCAUUUUAAACAUUUGACGAAAAUGUGUACAGUGGCUACGGAUUGUAUUUCCUCUCUGGCUAUAGAUAACAUUCUUCAAAUGCAUUUGUUGCAAUCUGGCGCUUUGUGGCAUCUGCUUCUCUUUAUGUUUAAUUACGAUUAUACUUUGGAAGAAGGUGGGGUGGCAAGGAAUCAAGAUGAUAAUCGACAGGAAAUUUCGAAUAAUUUAGCAAAGUUAGCAGUAAAAGCUUGUGCCAGAUUGGGUGGAUAUAUGAAGGGUGAGAAUGAAACACCUGUCAAUCCCGUGAUAGUGGCGGCACUGGAAAAUUUACUGACGCCUUACUUAUCGAGACAGUUGGCUGACGACAAGCCUGAAAUGAUACUGAAGACUUUAAAUUCAAAUUGUUAUAACCCAUAUUUAAUUUGGGACAACACCACUAGGGUUGAAUUGAUCGAAUAUCUAGAAUCCAAGCGUCAACACAAGAUAAGUGAAAUUUCCAACUUUGAGCAUGACUUUAGUGACUUUUCCUAUACAGCUCACAAAGGUGAAUUGGUCAUUGGCGAGGUAUUUAUCAAGAUUUAUAAUGAGCAACCUACAUUUCCAAUAAAGAAUCCAAAAGGAUUUGCUAUAGACUUGUUGGAUUUUUUGACCAAAUCUUGUAAAUACUUAGAACUGCUUGAUAGUACCAUAGUAUCUAAAAAAGAUUACGAAAUUCUGGAAGAUUUUGUCAUGUCUCUCGUAGCUUUAAAGAAUGCUAUAAAAAACAACCUCGAUGUGGAGAUACAAUGCAUUGGUCAUUUCAAGUUAUUAUUUGGCCUUUUAAGCUAUAAUAAUUUGAAGGUAAUACAAAGAGGUGCUUUGGAAGUAAUCAGCAACGUAACGAAGAAUCAGGAAUGUGUUAAUGAUAUUGCAGCGAAUGAUGUUAUAGUGCACCUACUUUUGUGUCUAAACAGCUUAGAGGAUUCUCAACUGCUUACUUUAGAAGUAUUAUAUUCUCUAAUGAGCACGACAAAGAUAGUGAAGGAUGCCCUGAAUAAAGGUGCUGUUAUCUAUAUUCUCGACUUAUUUUGCAAUUCGAACAAUGCACAAAUCCGCGAAAGUGCAGCAGAACUGCUAGCUAAGAUGGCAUCUGAUAAAUUGGCUGGGCCAAAAGUUAAGUUAGAUUUAUCUAAAUUUCUGCCCCGAUUGUUCAGCGAGGCGAUCCGCGAUGCUCCGAAGCAAUGCGUGCACAUGUUUGAGUCAAAGCAGGAAAAUCCGGAAUUAAUUUGGGAUGAAAAUACGAAAGCCAAAGUUUCAAGAAUUGUUGCUGAAUUAAAAAAACAACAUUACGGUAUACAAAAACAAAAUCCUAACUCUGUUUUGAAGUUACCCGAUACGCAGAAUAAUAUUGACAGUGCCACAAAUGAACCUGUCGUAGGAGGUGUUUAUCUCAGAUUAUUUGUAGCGAAUCCUACAUGGGCUCUUAGAAGACCAAAAGAAUUUUUAAGUGAUCUUAUGGAUACAACUUUAACUUUAAUGACUAAAGAAAAAGCUGAUCCAGAUAUGCUAGAAGUAACAACUCAAGCUUUAGUAAAUCUCUUGCAAGCUCAGCCAAACUUAGCGGACCAAGUACCUUCCUUAGGUCACAUACCACAUUUAUGUCGUCAAAUGGCAAACCGAAAUAACCAUCCAUCUGUUUACAAAUCAACCAUAUUAAUAUUGCAUCAGUUGGCAACAAGUGAGAUAUGCAUAUUGUCUAUCUGCCAAACGGAAUGUAUAAAUCCGUUAAAACACGCUAUGCAGUCUAGGAAAGAUAUGGUUGCAAUUGCGUGCGAAACAUUAAACAGAUUACUUUCGUCAAACGAGGAUCGCCUUAUCAAGCAAGCCUUAGAAGCAGAAAUCGUACCUUAUCUUUUAGAUAUACUUGAAGGAAAACUGGAUAUCAUAGAGAACCUAACUACAACAAAAGCGCAGAUAGUGAAAGCCUUAAAAGCUAUGACAAUGAGCUUAUUGUUAGGUGAAAGAGUUAACGCAAUUUUAGAAAAAUCUGCCGUAUGGGCAGAAUAUAAAGACCAGAGACAUGACUUAUUUAUAUCCAACACACCAACAUCGUGUUAUCUUACAGCCGCAACUCCAGUUUCAGCAGGUUACUUGACGGCAGGGCCAAGUGCAACAAUUCCUUCAGUUCCACCGCCUGUUGAAAAAGAAGAUAAUUGUUUAUCAAAUCGUAAGGGUGGUAUCUGAUAUAGAUAAUGUACAUAAGGGAUGAGAUUCACAGAAGACGUGUAUUGUAGUUGUAGUUUUUGCACGCGCAUUACCCAUUAUUUUGUUCUUUUUAAAGUAAUAAUUCAAAGUCGGAAGAUUUGGUGAAACUGUUAAAUAUGAGCAAUUUCAUGUCAAAUCAUUUAAAAAAUUUCAGCUACUAUUAGUAAUUUGUGUGAAAAUUCUAGUAUCUGUUCUUUCAGGUGUUGAAAGAAAAACCCUAAAAUAAUUGUUUAAAAAAUCAAAAAAACUUAGGAGAUAUUAAAAAUUGAAAAUGUUGGCCCUUUCUUUCGUAAAUUUUCAUAAUAUGGGUGAUUUAAAUGAUAUAGUGUCUAUUUUUUAAUUAUUCGUAAUAGGACGCACAGCGGAAAAAUGUCUUAACAAGAUUUUAAAAAAUUUUUUUCAAUAAGUAAUUUUGAAAUUGAAUUUCUCAAGAAAAAAUGUAUCGUCUUGAUUUUUUUAUAUAUAAAUAGCAUACAAUGUUCUCUACAAGCGCUGUGCAGAUGGAAAUGGGAUCUCCUUUAUUUUUCGGGAUAUAAUAAAAAACUUACGUCGAAAUGAUACAUACAACGUUAACAAUAGACGAACGAUAGAAGAAUUUUAUAAUUCUAUGCACAAAAUUCAUACUUCAGACUCUUGGGCGCUAAGAACACAAUGCCAUGACAUGCGUUCUGAAUUAUUUCUCGAAAACUGAGAAAAAUUUCAUUUUGAUAUUCACAGGACUUUUAGAGGAAAAUGAAAGCUAUUUAUAUAAAAAGACGAAGAAAAUAAAAGUUAGAUUUUUCAGAAAUUUAGUUUCAAUAUUAGUUUUUGAAAAAUCCAAGAAGCUUUUGAAAGUUUUUGUUGUUGAAAAAGUAACUUUACAAAACUACGUCCUAUCAAGAGUAAUUAAAGAAAUAGACCCUAAUAUCAUUAAAAUUUACAACAUUAUGAAACUUUAAGAAAAAAAUGAUAAAAAUUUUCAAUUUUUAAUAUAUUCUAAGUUUUUUGACUUUUUCAAAAAUUAUUGCUUUUCUUUUAAUACCUAAGGGAACUGAUACUAGAAUUUGAAAGUUGAUUCUAGUGUCCAGAAAUAAAAGCUUGUGCAACAUGUAUGCGCUAAAGAAAAAGUUUAAAGUUAUAAGUAUAGUACUUCAACAUACAAAAUACAUUUAAACACCCUGUAUUUUAAAUGAAACUGAUGGUCGAUGUAUUUACUUCUGGAUGACAAUGUCUACUUGAAGAUAUAAAUGAUGUAGUUCAUAAAGUUCAACAAUAGAGAUACAUUGGUCAAUUUUUUAUACGAAGUCGUGAUCAAAGUAGAUUUAUAAUAUUUUUUAGUAAUCUUUAUACCCUGAGUUAUACAGCUUCUUAACAAAAUUGAAAUUGGAAAGGAAAAAAACUACCAAAAGUAUCUGGUUAGAGCAAUAGUGACUUUUCUGCUUAUCUUAUUGCAAUUAAGGCAUAAAGUAACCAUUUUUCUAAUAUGUUUCAAUUUUUUUUAUUCCGUUGUUCCAAACGUUCCAGUAUCAUCAUUACAUAUGUUACUCACUUUAAUAAAAUAACAUUGUGUAUAAAAUGUGCCUUACGGGAACGCAUGGGAUAACACUACUAUUGUCUAAGAUAAUUGUCGAAUGUAUUCUGUGAUUAAAGUAUACUCGUUUAUGCCUAAUAUUCUAUGGAAGUAUCAACUAAUGUAAUUGUUCCAAGCUUUAAUUGUGAUUGAGCACUGCGCUAGAAUUUUUUGAUGUAAAUAUGAGGCAAUGAAUAUAGGUCCAAUAAUAAUAGAUGUUACGAUCAACUUUUGCUUAUGUUCCUUCAUCAAGAUGUACGAAAAAAAUACUGACCAUGCAGAAUGCAAUGCUUUAUUUUUGAACAUUAUACUAUACUAAACUAACUUAAGUUCGAAGAAUAGCAUUCAUGAUAACGAAAAUUGUAUAAGUGUAAUAUGCGCUUCCUACUAAAGUCUUUUCUAUAAUCGCUCUGAUCCCACAAUCUGAUCAGCUAAAAGAAGCAGUGUUAAAAUUGAAAUAGUGUAAUUGGAGAAAACAUCGCUUUACGAAGACAGUAUGUGAGAAUGACCGCCUCUAUAGUUAAAAUUGAAAUCUUAUAAAAAUUUGGUACACAGUGUGCUCAUUCUAUCUACAAUUUUCUGUUAUAUCUGAAACCGUCAAAAACGAAUAUGACUACUCUGCCGUACUAAGGAAAACCUUAAAUAAGUGACAUUGUUGCUGAGAUCGACUUUACCAUUUCCAGGUAUCAGAAAAUUGAACAUAAUCGCGAAAUCACUUAUGCAAGUUUUUUUUUCGCACGGAAGUACUUCAGCAUAGUUGAACAAAAUUUAUUAAAAAGCUAUUGUAAAUAGGAAAUAUAACAGGAUUCAAAAGCAAAGAUUUGUAAAUCUUAUGGUAUUGUUGUUUACUGUAAAUGAUUUUUCCAAUUUUUUAUAUUGUACAGCUAUAGUUGUGUAUACUACAUUGACGUUUAUGACACUUUAUCCAUGUAUUAAUACAUAUCGCUCGUCCAUACCAACAUUUAUUAUUAAGAAACUCAAAAAAUCAGCUGUUUAUUAAUUAUUUUUUGUACAUUCGUUAUUUUGACACAUUGGGAGUGGGGGACGCUUCGGCCAAACCAUUCAUUUUGUAGGACAAACGUGUUUUCGACAUUUUCGUAACGUUAUCUGAAGAUUUAACUAAAAAAAUUACUGUAAUUAA